UAAUUCCACGACUUUUGAGAGGAAAGAUUCCACGAGGGGGCGACACCAGUCAAAGAACAGCCGCUCAUCCGUCGCUGUGUUUUUCUGUUUAGAAAGACUUGGGUAUUUGAGUUUGCUUUCUAGACACAGUUUCUGUUGGUGUAAUGGCGUCAGUUUGUUUAUCUGUUUGGUGACCAACUGCUGCGCGGAGAGGUCCGCCCUCGCCUCCAUUUCCUGCUGCCUGAACAAUGAGGCCGCUCCUCCUCCGCCGUCUAUGUUCGUGGAUCCUCCGGCGGGAGCGAAUGUCCUGCAGAGAGUGAACGGCUUCUUACAGCUGCCGGAGAUCAUCUGCUGAUCACCUCUUCCCCCAUAUUAUUCGGAUUUAAACGAGCGACGGAAGAAGAGGAUCCUGCUGGAGAUGGAGACCGAGAGAGCGGGUGUCCAGCAGCUGCUGGUGGUGAAAGAAGAAGAAGAUGCUACUGAGCAGCAGGAGUGCAGCUCCAGUCUGGAUCAGGAGGGACAAGAACCUCCUCUCAUUAAAGAAGAACCAGAAGAAGAAGAUCUAGACCAAAUCAAAGAAGAGGCCACCCAGUUCUCCCUCACUCCUGUCCAGGUGAAGAGUGAAGAUGAUGGAGCAACCAGCAGCUGGACUCAACACAUGAAGACAGAAGCUGAUGGAGACACCUGUGGAGGAGCAGAAGCAGCCAGUGACUUGGAUACACCUCUCCUCCCUGACCACCAGAGGUCGCCUUGUUCUGACUCUGACACUGAUGACAGUGAAGACUGGAGAGAAUCUGGUGAUGCUCAGUCAGCUUCAACCUCUGUGGAGAAUCCACCAGCGCCUGCCAGUGACAAGAAAGAGAGUGUCAAUCACAAAUCACUGAUCUGCUCUGGAUGUGGGAGGAAAUGUUCUUCCAAGUCCGGACUGACCAAGCAUGUAAAGUCGUGUGGUGGAGGAUCUUUAACUUGUUCAUUUUGUGGGAAAUGUUUUGAAAAGAAUCAAAAUUUGGAGGUUCACAUGAGAACUCACACUGGAGAAAAGCCUUUCAGCUGCUCUGAGUGCGACAAGUGUUUUAUACGGAAGGACCACCUGAGCCAGCACAUGAAGACACACACUGGAGAAAGACCUUUCAGAUGCUCCCAUUGUGAUAAAUGUUUUGCACAGAGGUACACCCUGAGACUGCAUGUGGAAACUCAUACCAGAGACAAAAGUUUUGGCUGCCCUGAGUGUGGAAAGAGGUUUAUGGGCAAAAGUAUUCUGAAGACACACAUGAGAGCUCAUGCUGUGGAACAACCGUACCGUUGCGCUGAGUGUGGUAAAUGUUUAAAACAGAUUAAGACCUUGAAAAAACACAUGAAAAUUCACAGUGGGGAAAAGCCUUUUGGCUGCUCUCAGUGUGGCAAAUGUUUUCUACGGAGCGAUAGCCUGAAGGAACACAUGAAAAUUCACACUGGCGCAAAACCCUUUGUCUGCUCUCAAUGUGGAAAGUGUUUCACCUACAAGUCCAACCUGAAGGAACACAAGCGAGUUCACACAGGAGAGAAACCUUACUGCUGCUCGGGUUGUGGAAAACCUUUUUCCUCCUCGAGACAAAUGAAGAAGCAUGAGAAAAAUCACAAACUAGACAGCGUUUCCAUGGCAACCACGGAUGCUGUGACCCAGCCCUCCUGAUUCUGGAAUGAUCUUAUGGCACUUUGAUUUUAAAAGUGUUUGUUUACAUAUAAUACGACCAAAAACUGUCCAAUUGUAUUUUAUUUCUUUGUUUAUUUUCCCUCACACACGAAGAAUCAGGGUCUGAUAAUAUCAAGGGUGCGUACUUGAAUUCCGUAUUUCAACGAGAACUGGUACAGUAUUAGUAUCAGUAUUCAGAGGGAAAUCUUUAACUUCUCACCUCUAACAGGGGGACACCUGGGACACAGAGUAAGGAAAUAAAUGCGGCUCCACUUGUAUUACCUCAUUCUGUUCCGCCUAUGUUUCCAUAUGGGAGAGCCAGGCCAUUGCUUUUACCACUUAGGCUUAGUCCAGAAAAGGUGUAAAGAAGGAGAGGGAAGAAGAGAAGGAAAUAAAAGUCUUUGUGCCUGUGUGUGUUUAAACAUGCGGCGUAGGAUCACGCUCACGAUCCUGAAUGAACGGAGACAGCAAUGUGUCUGGUCCUUAGCUGUGCUGUUGCUGUGACAGUUCAGAAAAGUGUUGCUGGAUGCACCCGUUCUCCUUCAUGUUCCUCUUUGAGGCAGCUCCUCUGUGUUCUUGGCUUCUGAGGGAUGAGAAUGUGCGUCAGAGUUUGAAAGGUUCCUGUUGACUGACAAUCAUCUGCUGGAGUUUUCACAACAUUUAUUCUGCUAUCGAUGAGACGGGGAGCGACGGAGUGUCCUGCUGGAGCUCGAGACCAGCAGGUGCACAGAGACGCACAGAUUUUUUGGGGAACAACGUUCUGCAACUCGUCCCAAAUCUGCAAGCGUAUCUCACCAGACUGUAGACGGUCAAAGAUGAAUUCAAUGUGUUGGAGUUGGUCAAUUCUGAAAGUUCACUUCGCGCAUCCUUCAUCUCUGACACGUCUGUGUAGUGAACUAUAUGAUGCUGGAUUCACCUACUGUGCCUGUGUCUUGCCAUUUCUAAGGCAAAACAAAAUAUUUUCGCUUUUGUCCUGGGCUGAUUAAAAUUCCUGUCCAGCGGGUGGCGGUAGUGCGCCUUUAACCUGUCGCAAACCCAACUCGACAACAUGAAGAAGAACUUGAUCGCCUCCAUUUCCUCACUCAUGGAAAGAUGCUCUGAACGAUGGGUGUGAGCGACCAUCACCAGACGUUUCUCUGUUAGAAGCGAGAUGCAGUCCAGGGGAGCAGGUACUCACUGACUGGAGCGGAACUUGUCCGUUGUGUUUCCGAAGUGUUGACAGAGUCACGUCACCGAGACGUUGUCUGCCCCUGAGACGUUUAUAUGAAAUCAUCUGUGAUGCCUCCCUGCCGAGAUGCGUGUCUCUUCUGCGGCGCGUUUGUACUCCACUGUUUCAUGGCAUCUCUUGCGAGCCUGAAGUGUCGGAAACUUCCGAGGCUAGCUGUCGGUGACACUUGUAUGGGCCUAAGAAUGAAGAAUGAACGUUUUUUUUCCCCCCUGAUUUCGCAGAA